AGCGGCACGGCGCGAGCGGGACGUGUUUGUCGAGGGCUGCUCCGUGACCUGGCCGCGGACUGACCGCGACGCCACAGUAGUAACCGACCUCAGGUAUUUCUGACAGAUAUCACCAUGCCGACUCAAUGCGAUGUUUGCGGCAAGAAACCUGCAAAUUUCGCCCUCCACAUGAGAACCCACACCGGAGAAAAGCCUUUCGAGUGCACUAUGUGUGAUAAGAAAUAUUCGCAAAGCGGUGAUCUGGAAAAACAUGUUCGCAUUCACACAGGAGAAAAGCCCUACGAAUGUAACGUGUGCCACAAGAGAUUCUCUAGUCAAAGUCACCUGGCCUCCCACAGUCGGACCCACACCGGAGAGAAGCCUUACGGGUGCAACGAGUGCGACUACAGGAGCAAAUCGAGUUCAGCUCUCAAGAUGCACCUUCGCACCCACACCGGGGAGAAGCCCUUCGGGUGCACGGUGUGCGACAAGUCAUUCAGAUGCACUGGAGACCUGCGCAAACAUAUCAGAACCCACACAGGAGAAAAGCCCUUCGAGUGCUCUCUGUGCAACUUAAAAUGUAGUCAAAGUUCACAAUUGCGACUUCAUCUGCGAACCCACACAGGAGAAAAGCCAUAUCAAUGCGAUGUCUGCAGCAAGAGUUUUUCCACUGGAACACAUCUCCGAUUACAUGAACGUACCCACACUGGAGAGAAGCUUUAUGCUUGUACAUUGUGCGACAAGAAAUUCUCGGACCGGUCUGGUCUGAAAUCGCACAACCUUCGUAUGCACACAGGGCAGAGGCAGAGAACAUUCGAGUGUGACUUGUGCAACAAAAAGUUUCUAGACAGAAGCUCGCUGCGCAGCCACAGCCGUUUCCACACAGUAGAAAAGUCCUUUGAAUGCACGCUCUGCGACAAGAAGUUUGUGUCCGGUCAAGGUCUGCAAGUGCACCUCCGCGGCCACACGGGAGAGAAGCCUUUUGAGUGCGUGUUGUGUGACAAGAAGUUUGCGCAAGAUAACCAUCUGCGUUCUCACCUCCGCACCCACACUGGAGAACAGCAUUAUAAACAUGAAUGCUCUGUGUGCAACAGGAAAUUUCCUGGCCGUAGUCAACUUGGCGAGCACAUCCGCAGCCACACAGGAGAGAAGCCCUAUGAAUGUGACGUGUGCCGCAAGACAUUUACUUACAAAAGUUCCUUGGUCAGCCACGGCCGGACCCACACCGGAGAGAAGCCUUACGGGUGUAACGAGUGCGACUACAGGAGCGCCACGAGUGGAGGUCUCCAGACACACCUCCGCACCCACACCGGAGAGAAGCCCUACGAGUGUAACGAAUGCGACUAC